AUGGCGAUGCAUUGGUUCAGUGGAGUUGCGGCUUCUGCGGUUCUCACGUUAAUGGCGCCCACUGUCAUGUCAUCUGCGCCGGUUGCGAAGCCAACAGCUGAACAGUUACAGUGGCAAGACUACGAGAUCGGCUUGAUGGUACAUUGGAAUUUGCAGACGAUCUGUGCUCCCAAGUCAGCCGGGAAAGUGUCAGAACAGAGGUGCCAAGCUGAUUCGAAGACGGAGGGCCCCUUGUAUGUACCUUCCUUGGAUGCCGUGGCACAGUGGAAUCCUUCAAAGUUAGACACCGAUCAGUGGGCACGGGCAGCAGUUGCCAUCGGUGCCAAGUAUGUAGUGAUGGUCGUUGACCAUAUGACUGGUUUCACUUGGUUCAACACAAAGUUUCACAACUUCUCUGUGGCGCACACACAGUACAAGGGUGGUGGAGCCGAUCUAUUGCGCGAGUACAUUGACAGUUGUCGGAAGUAUGGCCUGAAAGUUGGUUUUUUCUACAGUGUCCACUACAACUGGUUUCUUGGUGUGGACGAUUUUAAGCUGGGACAUCCACCACUAGGUGGCAGAAACUAUACCACUGAAGAGUACCUGGCUGUGGUCGCAGGACAGCUGGAGGAAAUUGUUACUGCAUUUGGGAAGGAUGGACCCAUGGAAGUCUGGUUUGAUGGUGGUCUCGGGCCCCAUGCCGGCUUCAUCUCUGAGUUGCUGAUGGGAAUUGCUCCGCGGGCUAUUUGUCAUUCAUGUUCCGCAUACUCCAACAAGGCCGGGGCAGUGAGAUGGAUGGGCAAUGAGGCUGGAGUAAUGCCACUACCAUCAUGGGCAGCAGCCAGUAACACUUCUCACUACAAUGGGGACCCACGCGCAGCGUUCUUCGUCCCGCCUUCUUGUGACAUUGUGCUGAGGGAACACUAUUGGUUCCACCAAAAUGACACAGAGCAGUACAUGAAGUCACCAGUACAGCUGCUUUACAAUUACUUGACCAGUGUGGGUCGAGCUUCGAACUUGAUUGUGAAUCUAUCGCCAGACGGAUCUGGGGCUAUCCCAGACUUAGACAUGCAGCGGUAUGAGCAACUGGGACAGGCAAUCAAGUGCCUGUUCAGUGAGCCACUUGCCUCCAGCAAGGAUGCGCUGGAUGCACUACCAAUGGAUGUCAAUGGUUUCAUCGAGUGGUCCUUUCCCGUGGUUACAUCGAAAAAUGUCUCAAUUGUCCUCCGCGAGGAUCAGCAUGAUGGUCAACUCAUUGGGGACUACCUGCUGGAAUGCCGCAAUGCAUCCUCACAGGCCUUUGAGAUAUGCAGGAUGGGUGCAAUCGAACAUGUCAUUCCUUCCGAGCCGUAUGCUGGCAUUGGCCACAAGCGCAUCCUCAUGUUGGCCCCAGAGGUUCCCUUUGACGCCCUGCGUCUUGUUGUCUGGAGUCAUUAUGCAGUAGGCAUGCAGGUCCCAACGCUUCGUGACAUUGAGCUCUUUGAUUGGACUCGUGUAGAGCACUGUUUGAGCUGCUUAGAGCAAGCCCAACAGUUGAGAGAGCACGGUCGGCCAGUCCAGGACUUAAUUGCAUGA